GACACCCAAACAACAAGACGAAACCUGAGCUAGACGGCGCCAGAACCGGCUAUCAGGCAUACAGACUUCAAGAUAUAACCCAUUCCAUGUCCAGGUUGCCGCCUUCGUGUUCCGCCUUUAUACCCUUCUGCGAUUGACUGACGAGUACCCAUGACCAUACCGCCUGCCCGACGUCACCUAGAGAGUGUACCUGAUAAAGGAUGGUUUCCGACCCUCUUCACCUCCUGGAUUAGCAACGACAUCUUUGUCGUCAGUUUCCGCCGAGAUGGCAUUCAAGCUCCCCCUUGGUCCCCUUUCGCGCUCCAACAAUGGCGACCAUUCCUCCGAGUCCGACUAUCCGGGCGGCCGUCGCGACUCCAUGGCCGCUCUCUCCAUCUCUUCCCAUGUCAACCAGGAACAGCUCGCUCAUACCCUUGACCGAAUUCACAAUACGGCAAGCCAGUCUGGGGUCCUGACCACCUUCAACGAUUUCGCCCCGCCUCCUCCACCUACUGUGCCUGUCGCCGAGAGCAAGGGAACUACGGGCGAGUUGGUACAACAAGGCUUGAGUGGUCUCUACAGCCGUCUUAAGGAGGUCGUCGGGGUGGCAGGGAAAUCUUUUGCCCAGGAGGCCGAAAGUUCUACUAACACCCAGGAUGCCGCGUCCAAGAAUCCCAAGAGCCCGAUUCCCAAUAGCUCCAACAACAGUAGCGCCAAGAUAUCGAUUCCCUCCCUUCCCAAGGGAGAUAGCUCAUCCAUCAAGUCGCCUUUUGAUGCAAAGUCACCCUUUGAUGCAAAGUCGCUCUUCAAUAACAAGUCACCCUUUGAGGCAAGGCACACCUUUGAUGGGCCCGCCUCUCUCGAGAUCCCACCCGCCAGGUCUGCCGGCACAUCACCGGUUUCGCCAACCACCAUACCGGCAGACCUCCAGUCCCCCUCACAGACAACCAGACCACCAUCACUUACUACGCUGCAGAGCCUCAAGACUGGAAACUCGAGCGCACAGACAAUUCCGAGGACGGGAAGGACGCCCCAGUCAACCACUGCCAGCCCUACCGUUGCCCCCUUCAUGGGAAAAGGGCCUUUCGAAAGGGAUAGUUCUAGGGGUCCUGCCAGACACCUCGAAGAGCCCUCAAGUUGGGGCUCUAGCCGGCGGAGCAUCAGCAGACAUGGUGACGGAUCCACGCCGCCUACCAUCGCCGUGAGAACAAGUGUAGAUAGCACGACGGCCGCUUUGGCGCGCAGUAGAAGGGAGGACGACGUGAGUAUCGACGGCGGCAUCGACAGCCCCAUGAGCCCUUCUAGGCCUAUACCAGAUGUGCGCAUCUCCUCUGCCUCGUCGCGCUUGUCCGAGACCAACCAAGUUAAGCGAAGGCCUGCCAUUAUUGACCGUAUAAGUCAGUCAAGAGGUCAUAGCCACUCCAGGUCCUCGUCUAUGGAACCCGGCAAGGCAGAGCCUAGCCCCAUUAGCACAUCAGCUCACAGCACUGUCUAUCAUGACUCUUUUACUCAUAAUGUCAAACCACAGAGGUUGCAAUCUGGAGCCAUGAAAAUACCAGGCACCACCACAAACGAGGGAGCCCCCGAGGUCGUCAAUGCUAGACUAGAAAUGAUGAGGAAGCAGGUCCUGAGCAAAGAGUUCUGGAUGAAAGACGAAACCACCAAAGAAUGCUUUGCCUGCGGUAGCCCGUUUACUGCCUUUCGGCGCAAGCACCACUGCCGCACUUGUGGCUGCAUCUUCGAUUCAAAAUGCACCUCUACCAUUUCCGGGCAGAAGUUUGGCGUUCAGGGAACCCUUCGCGUCUGCAAGAAUUGCUUGGAGGUCAUAAACCGCCGCUAUGAAAGCGGAUCCGAUGAUUCAGCGGAUGAGCCCUUUUUGCCCACCAUCUUUCGUUCCAACCAGACUAAGCCGCCUCCUCUUCCAGCUAGACCUCAGGCGGAUGACGAGGUUAGUAUUGCCGAGCGAACGGAGCAAGCGAAUGACACAAGGUCCGCCAAAACGCCCAUGAUGGCGAUUCCAGCCACACGCCGAGUUGGUGAUAGCAAUCGUCACUCGGCCGUUCUGGAGAUUGAUAUGCCACAGCUCAGCCGCCCAGGAUCAUCUCGGUCGCUGAGAUCACUUGCGGCGGGCCGACCACAGUCGUCUAGUCACCGCAGGCUUCAUUCAAAACAUACCUUCUUGAAUAGAUUCAAGUCUACUACGACUGAUGACAGGGCGCCUUUUCGCAAGCCUGCCAGCGAAGAACUCGGGAGAAAAUCCAAAUUCAGCGCGUUCCACGACGACAAUAUCAUUGACCCAGAACUUGCCCCCUAUAUGUCGGACGAGUCAACCGAUGACGAACAAAUGAGUAGCAUAUUUGCAACCCUGAACAGCAAUGAUGUGCCAGCGGCCAGCCUUGAUCCCGACAAAGCCAGCAUGGGCUUUAGAAAACAUAGGUUCCGCCACGGCGAGAAGAGCAUCAGCGGACUUAGUUAUACCAGCAGAGGCCACGAAGACACUGGUUUACCAACUCUCAAUCUCCAUACCCGGCCAACCAGAAAGAGAAACCUCAGCACUGCAAGUGUCACGGGCCACCCGCUGCGGUCACCACGCCCGAGAUCUGGUAUCUUCAGCAUCAUGUUAAACACUGGUGCCUCAGCUGACGCCUUAUCUAUGUGGGAUAAUCCUGGAGUUGUCGAAGCAUCUGCACUCAGUAGAAGGGAUUCUUAUUUCGAGGGCAGGUCACCAACCGGUGGACUCAACCCCAUAAGCAUGAACCACGUCAAGAAGCUCUUCCGGCAGCUUUUGAACGACGCGGAAAUUCCCAACCCUGCAGCGUGGGAAAAGGCCCUCAUCCCAAUCCUUGACAGGUGUGCUGAUGACGUCGAUCCGGACGUCCGCAACGGAGAUGACAUGGACAUUCGACACUGGAUCAAGUUGAAAAAGAUACCCGGCGGCAAACCCGGCGAUACUGCUUACGUCCAUGGAGUUGUCUUUUCCAAGAACUUGGCCCUCAAGACCAUGCCCCGCAAAAUCGAGAAUCCCAAAAUCGUCAUCAUCACUUUCCCAAUCGAGUAUCAGCGGCACCAGGAGCAGCAUUUUAUGAGCUUGCAGCCGGUCAUAGAGCAGGAAAAGGAGUAUCUGAGGAUGGUGGUGAACAGAAUCCUAAACCUCGAGCCUCGGGUGUUGCUCGUCGAAAAGAACGUUUCUGGCGUGGCUUUACAAUAUCUUUCGGAAGCCGAGGUCGCGGUCGUGUAUAACGUCAAGCCGUCAGUUAUUGAGGCUGUCUCCAGAAUUGCCAACAUUCCUAUCAUUUCAUCCAUGGAUAUGCUAAGCUUGGGUGCCCGCGUCGGAACCUGUCAAAAUUUCGAGGUCAAGACCUUUGUCAACAAGGAGCUCAAAGGAAGGAAGAAGACGUACAUCUUCAUCUCCGGCUGUCCGAAAGAGCGCGGCUGCACUAUUGCUCUUCGCGGUGGGUCAACUGAGAUCCUAUCCCGCAUGAAGAGGAUCACCGAGUUCAUGGUUUACGUGGUUUACAACCUCAAGCUCGAAUCCUGCUUGAUGCGCGAUGAAUUCGUUCAUGUGCCUCCGAAGCUCGAGUCUCCCCCCCGGUCAACCACGAAGCUCCUGAGUGAUGGCAGUCAGGUCCCGUUUUCAACAACUCCAAGCACACCACCAGAGGAAAACCCCCCCGCUCACAGGAUGGCCGAACACAGCCCCGAACAUAAUCAGCCCCCUGAACCCUCUCAAGUGACCGAUGAGACUGUCGAGAGCAUAACCUCGACUGAGGAACAUUCAGCUGCCGCCCUCAACACGAGUUCAUCAAUCAAGGAGGAGACCGAGGAGGAACUAAUUCGGGCUGAGUCCGAAACACAUGAAGGUCAAGGUGCGGAAGACUUGCCUAUGCCCACAUAUUAUGGUGACAUGGUCGCCAAAUACGAGACCAGAAUCCUCUCUGCAUCACCCUUCGUCAAGUUCACUCAACCAUACCUGCUCAUGAAAGCCCGAGAGCAGGAGAGGCGUCUGGUGUAUCUCAAACGUCUUCGUGACCAGGACAUCGUCGAAGAACUCGGAGAAAGCGAGAAGAGUGAGCCUCAGCCUAGGCAAUUUCAGCUUAUCAAGCCUGAAAUGGUGCAUGAACUCGGCCAAAAGGCCCCGCGCCACAUCAUGGAGGUGCUUCAUGCUGUCUACGAUGCGGAAUAUGACAAGGCCUUGUACAACUACCAGACCCAAACCAAGCAGUGGGAGAAUUACAUCCAGGGAAGCCUCGACCUAUUUGAUCCUCACUCACACCAGAGCAUCGUUGUUCUGUACUCGGUUACGUGUAAUGUGACCCAAGUCCCAUGCACGGAGCCCAGCGUCGUGGCUUUUGAGUUCUAUAGGGAAACUCCGGACGCACAUAGUGGGAUGUACCAAGACUGCACCCUGGGGCAGUACAUCGAGGACGUCUGCGAAAGCGCUGACUCAAUCUGUCACUCCAAUGGAUGUGACCGAAAGAUGUUUGAGCAUUACCAGACGUAUGUUCACGAAAACGCGCGAAUCACGGUCAUGGUGGAGGACAAGCCAAAAUGGCCAGAGAACUUCCCCGAGAGACCACACGAAAGAGAUGGUUGGAAAGAUGGCACCGGAAUCUGCAUGUGGAAUUACUGCAAGGUGUGCAACAACCAUUUCGGGCUGAUGCCCAUGUCUGUGAGCACCUGGAAGUAUUCUUUCUCGAAGUAUCUGGAAUUAUCGUUCUGGAGCCGUGGUUUACGCCUUCGUCCAGAGACAGGAUGCCCUCAUGAUCAUCAGAAAGACCAUGUUCGGUUCUUCUACUACCUAUAUCGCGACAUUGCCGUCAGGAUACACUACGAUCCGAUCGACUUGUACGAAAUCAUUGUCCCUAGGUCAAGAAUCACAUGGAAGGUAGACCAUGACCUGAGGUUGAAGAAUGAAGUCUUUACCAAGGCAGAAGAGCGCUGGAACCGCUUUAUCAACUCGGUCAAGGCCAGGUUGAAGAGCAUCAGAAUCGACAGCGUCUUGCCGGAGAAAACGGAGCACUGCAAAGCCGAAGUGGAAAGAAUGACAAAGAAGGUACAAGAGGACCAGGCCGAGCUGAUUCAAGACCUUCAGGACGCCUACAUGGGCUCAAAGUACUACGAGGUUCUUGCCAUGAACGGAGUUAUACGUCAGAUGGCGGAGAGAGCUACUGAAUGGGACGUGGCCUUUACCAAAUUUGAGGCCGACUUCCUUUCGGACAAAGAUGUUCGCCAGUUGACUAUUAUCCAGCUGAAGAAGAUGUUUGACCCAAAAUCCGGAUCCUCAGGUUCUGAACUUGGGGAGAAGCCGUCCUCUGAGGCAACUCACUCCAAUGCCAACGCCGGCGAACCGGAAAUGAAAGAAAAGCCAUCGCAGCCAACGGAAGAUGAAGGCCCUAGCCCCAAGACGCAUUCUCCAGUGUCUUCCGCGACCAAACCUGUUUCUGUGGUAAGGGGGGAAGCAGUGGAUGAAGCCGGGUCCAUUCUGGGAAGAGUCGAGCCUCUUGACCUUGCAACUGCAUCCUCGCCCACGCUCAUUAGAAAUGGGGCGGAUCCGGUUCUGGAAGCAGCAAAAGUCACAGUCAACGAGCCAACGCCGAUCGUCACAGCCGCAACCCCCACACCACUACCGACACCUCUCUCAAAACUCAACGAAGCACCUCAAUUUACCGGUGGCGAGUUGUCUUUGGCUGAAACGAUCGAACUCAAACGCCGAGAACAACAGGCAGCCAUGCCUGAGGCUAGCACCUCCGCCGCCGGCGGUGAGGGUUCGAUGGAAGGUUUCAGGCCUAUUGUACCGGAGCGCACGUCAUCCCGUAAGGCGGGUUUGACGGUGUCGCCUCCCUUAACACGGGCCAUUUCACAGCCAGUGGGAGCCAUUCCGAAGCUACAGUCCGCCAUUCCGAAGGCUAAAGAGCAUAAGAUGCCUGAGCCGGGUGAUCUUGCGCGGGCAACAGGAGAGGGCUCAUCUCUCAAGGGAGAUAAGAAGUUCCUUGGGAUGAAGAUCCGUCCUUCUGCUAUCCCACGCUAUCGGCAUAGGAAUUCGAAGGUGUUCACUCUUGCGCGUCACUUUGAGGAGUUGAGUCGAGAGUUUGAGAAGGAGCGAAUCAAGGACAAGAGAGAGCGGCAGGCCAAGAUGUCUUUUCCACGUGCAUAUCUGCCACGUUCGACUACCAAGGCCAUCGUGGAGAUCUACGAGGAUGUCGACCAGGCUGUUCAGGAACCCGGUACUGCGGAAGAGGGCCACCCUGGUGACAAGGACUCGAAGGACAAUAGGCCAAUGGAGGGUUCCUCUCCGCCAGAUCAAGCCCAAGGGGAUCAUGCCAGAUUGUCUGCAGACCAGGGCCGCACUUCGUCAGUUGAGAUCCCAUCCCGAGAACCUACUCCUGAAGAUCGGGACCACGAAGCGGACGCAGACGAAGGACAACACGAGAGCGAAGCCGAGUCCGAUGAAGAAGGUGCAGAAAGUGAUGCCGACCGGUCAACAUAUACGUAUGACGAUAUCCCGACUGAUGUCAGGGACCUGGCUGCAUCCAUCGAGCCAAGUGAGGAAAUACCUGAGGAGCUACCAAAACACCAAAGGAAGAGCCUCAUGACUAUGCUCACCAACUUUUGGGCUGAACGCUCCGCCAGUGGAUGGCCCGCGCUUGACUACCCUUACAAUUCGACCGAUCACAUGUUCACGGACUCUAACGUGAUUGUCAGAGAAGACGAGCCAAGUUCUGUUGUCGCCUUUGCGAUGAACUCCAUGGACUACCACAUCCAACUUCGAAACAUCCGAAGGAACUCCAGGAGAACCCAGCAGCAGCAACAACAACAAAGGCAGCAGAAAGAGCAACAGCAGCAACAGCAGCAACAACAGGAGCUACCAUCCCAGGAUCCCGAAGAGAGCAGCGACAGCGGCAUGCUAGAAAUCAAGGGCGGCGGCGCCGGUCCCGACCUCAGCGAAGCCGAACUCGAACAAAGCAUGCUCCGCCCCUUCGGCACCCACCUCAAGUUCCAAUUCACGGAAGGCUCCGGCAAGUUCACCUGCAAGAUCUUCUUCGCCGAGCAAUUCGACGCCCUGCGGCGCAAGUGCGGCGUCGGCGACCGUAUCAUCGAGUCCUUGUCUCGCUGCUUGAAAUGGGACUCCAAAGGCGGCAAAACCAAGUCCGUCUUCCUCAAGACGCUCGACGACCGACUAGUCAUGAAAUCCCUUUCCCCCAUCGAAACCUCGGCCUUCCUUGGUUUCGCGCCCGUCUACUUUGAAUUCAUGGCCCAAGCUUUGUUUCAUGACCUCCCCUCCGUCAUCGCCAAAAUGCUCGGUUUCUUCCAAGUAAUCAUCAAAAACCCGCUCACCAACACCGAAGUCAAACUCGACCUUUUGCUCAUGGAAAAUUUGUUUUAUGACCGCUCCCCCACCCGCACCUUCGACCUAAAAGGGUCCAUGCGCAACCGCAAAAUCCAAUCGACCGGCGAACAAAACGAAGUCCUGCUCGACGAAAACAUGGUCGAGUACAUCUGGGAAUCUCCCCUCUUUGCACGGGAGCACUCCAAACGUUUGCUCCGAGCAUCCGUCUGGAACGACACCCUCUUUUUGGCAAGACAAAACGUGAUGGAUUACAGUCUCAUGAUCGCCGUCGACGAGAACAAGAAGGAGUUGGUGGUGGGCAUUAUCGAUUGCAUCCGCACUUGGACGUGGGAUAAACGCCUCGAGAGUUGGAUUAAAGACAGGGGGUUUGCGGGGGGAGGGAGGAACAGGCCGACGGUGACGAGUCCGAAGGAGUAUAAGAGUCGGUUUCGAGAGGCUAUGGCUAGGUAUGUGCUUUUUGGUCCUGCGAGGUUUACGUGCUUGGUUACGAGGGGGAGGGAUGGGGGGUUGGUUUUGUUGAGGGGGUUGGUUUAAUCAUGUUCGCAUGAACAAGGUGUUCGAACGGAUGAGGGAGGGGUGGUUGGAGUGGACGUUGAAAUUGCCUGCU